UGUUUGUGUGAUCUCAGCCUUUCUUCAGAAUUGUAUAGUCACUCCGGGAAGCUAGUUUGAAAGAAAAACAACGAGGCUCAGUGUAAAGUUAUAUUUGUGACAAUUGCACUACGACAUCUUCACAAUGUCUAUUAUGUCGUACAAUGGAGGGGCUGUCAUGGCCAUGAGGGGGAAGAAUUGUGUGGCCAUCGCAUCCGACCGCAGAUUUGGCAUCCAGGCUCAGAUGGUAACAACUGAUUUUGAGAAGCUCUUCCCCAUGGGCGAGAGGCUUUACAUCGGGCUGGCUGGGCUGGCCACUGAUGUUCAGACAGUAUCCCAGAGGCUUAAAUUCCGAUUGAACCUUUAUGAACUGAAGGAGGGUCGCCAGAUCAAACCCAAAACUUUCAUGAGCAUGGUGUCGAACCUACUAUAUGAAAGGAGGUUCGGGCCUUACUACAUCGAGCCUGUGAUUGCCGGGCUCGAUCCGAAGACCUUUGAGCCCUUCAUCUGCUCCCUGGAUUUGAUCGGAUGUCCCAUGGUGACGGAGGACUUUGUCGUGAGUGGGACCUGCUCGGAGCAGAUGUACGGCAUGUGUGAAUCUUUGUGGGAACCCGACCUGGAGCCCGAGGACCUGUUUGAGACCAUUUCGCAGGCCAUGCUGAAUGCACUUGAUCGGGACGCACUGUCCGGCAUGGGCGUCAUCGUACAUGUCAUUGAAAAAGACAAGAUCACCAAAAGAAGCUUGAAGGCUAGGAUGGAUUAAAACCCCACCAAUCUCAAAGGUUUAUUUGAAAACAAUGCGCAUAGUUUUUUUCCCCUUCCCUUUAUAUUGUUAAAUAAAUUUGGUUACACAGUG